AUGAUACUAACUGAAUUCCAAUUUUGUGCACUCUUUCUAAGAGUGCCAUAUGAAAUUCUCAUUGAUUGUCCUCUGAAUGCCAGGAAUGUUUCUCCUCUCCCAUCAUUUUCAGGAAGUGCACCACAGAAUCGAAUCCCAGCGGUAUAUGCAUUCGGUGAUUCGACACUUGAUUCUGGUAACAAUGACUAUAUAACCACACUUUUUACAGGUGAUCAUUUACCAUAUGGAAGAGACUUUCCCGGUCAUGCUGCAUCUGGAAGAUUUACUAAUGGAAGAUUAACCGGUGAUUUUUUAGUAUCUUAUUUAGGUCUUAAAAGGGCAUUACCACCAUAUUUAGCACCUAACUUAAGUGAUCAAGAAUUACUUAGUGGUGUCAGUUUUGCAUCUGCUGGUACGGGUUUCGAUGAAUUAACUGCACAGACGACAAGUGUUAUCAAUAUGGAUACACAAAUAAGGUACUUUAGAGAUUACUUGGGGAAGAUUAAUAAAAUUGAUGGAGCUCAAAAAAGUGCCGAGAUUAUUAAGAACGGGUUGUUUGUUAUUAGCGCUGGUACAAAUGAUAUGGUGUUUAAUUAUUAUGAUCUCCCUUUGAGAACUGUACAGUAUUCAUUGCCUCAAUACCAUGAUUUCUUGCUUCACAGAUUAGAGAGCGUUGUCCAGUCCUUGGGUGCAAGGAAGUUUGUUAUAUCAGGUAUGCCACCAAUUGGAUGCUUACCUGUUCAGAGGACAAUUGGUAGCUUAUUACCUGGUCAACACAUCCUUCAGCGUAUUUGUACAGAAAAACAAAAUUUAGAUACCCAAGCAUACAACCAAAAGCUUCAGAAUCUCAUCCAACGAUUUCAAGCUACACUUCCUGGAUCCAUUUUUGCUUACACCGACUGUUAUGGUCCUAUGAUGGAUAUGGUCAUUAAUCCAUCAAAAUACUGGUUUGAAGUAACUGGACAAGGGUGUUGUGGAACCGGCAUGAUAGAAAUGGGUUUCCUAUGCAGUGGAUUAUUACCAGCAUGUUCAGACGCAUCAAAGUAUAUGUUUUGGGAUGCUGUUCAUCCAACCGAAGCUACUUAUCGUACGCUUGCAUCCAUCUUGCAACAAUCAGUUCUUCCUCGUUUUCUUGUUUAAGUAAUUAAUUAAUUAAUUUAUUCGCCGUAAUGUUAACUGUUAGUGA